GACAGAAGGAGCAGUUUGUCAGCUAUUAAGAGUUUUCCGUUCCCGCGCCGGCCCGCCUGGUCCCGGACGUCAAGGCAAGCUGUGCAGCAGCGCGGCGCCCCGGCGCCCUCGCCGGCACCAUGGCCCGAAAUGCAGAAAAGGCUAUGACUGCCCUGGCAAGAUUUCGUCAGGCUCAGCUGGAAGAGGGAAAAGUCAAGGAACGAAGACCCUUUCUUGCUUCUGAAUGUACUGAGUUGCCCAAAGCUGAGAAAUGGAGACGACAGAUCAUUGGAGAGAUCUCAAAAAAAGUUGCUCAGAUUCAGAAUGCUGGUUUAGGGGAAUUCCGAAUUCGAGACCUGAAUGAUGAAAUUAACAAGCUGCUAAGGGAGAAAGGACACUGGGAGGUCCGCAUCAAGGAGCUGGGCGGCCCUGACUAUGGAAAAGUUGGCCCUAAGAUGCUGGAUCAUGAAGGUAAAGAAGUUCCUGGAAACCGUGGUUACAAGUACUUCGGGGCAGCCAAAGAUUUGCCUGGUGUCAGAGAACUGUUUGAGAAAGAACCUCUCCCUCCUCCCAGAAAAACACGUGCUGAGCUCAUGAAGGCGAUCGACUUUGAAUACUAUGGUUACCUGGAUGAAGAUGACGGAGUUAUCGUGCCUUUGGAACAAGACUAUGAAAAGAAACUCAGAGCUGAGCUGGUGGGGAAAUGGAAAGCAGAGAGAGAGGCUCGCCUGGCAAGGGGAGAAAAGGAAGAGGAGGAGGAAGAGGAAGAGGAGAUCAACAUCUAUGCUGUCACCGAAGAGGAGUCUGAUGAGGAAGGCAGCCAAGAGAAGGCAGGGGAAGACGGUCAGCAGAAGUUCAUUGCCCACGUGCCGGUGCCUUCGCAGCAGGAGAUCGAGGAGGCGCUUGUACGGAGGAAGAAAAUGGAACUGCUCCAGAAAUAUGCAAGUGAGACCCUGCAGGCACAGAGUGAAGAAGCCAAGCGGCUCUUGGGGUACUAGGAUGAGCCAGAGCCCUUCUCGGACCCUGGGAGAUGUGCUGGGUGUGCUUGUGACGCCCCUGGCGUCAUCCUCAUAGCUGCCCUGGGCUAUAGCCUGGCUGGCCAGUGCUGGGAGGCCCUGUGACUUUCUCAUCCUGCAUAUCGCCUCUGUCCUUUUCUGGAUGUGUGGGCUGGCCUGAUGGUAAGGCCCUGGCCCUGACUUCCCCGUAAGCUGCCAGGGUACCGAAGACUAGCCAUCACUUUUUACAGAUGCAUUUGCUACCAUAUGGAUCCAUUUAUUUUUAUUUUGGAAUGUGUAAAAUCAACUCUCUGUCUGAAAAUUUAUUCUACCUUAUACUAUGGUUUUUGGGAGAGAGAAGGAUUAAUUAGUAACCAACAUUAAGAAUGCAUGAUUUUUAUUCAAAUCAUAUUCAAAUUCAAAGACAUAUCUUCUCCGGAAAACUGAGAUGAUGUGUCUACCCUGAGAUGGAACUCCACUGUCAGCAGUAAAGCCACCCCUUUGUGCUGGGCACUGCUUUACUUUGUCAUGGUCCCCCUCUGUGAUAACCUGCUUCACCCUCUCCUGUCUUGUGGACAGGAAUUCUGAGUUUGCAACCUUACUUUUAUAACUUGUUUCAGAGAAAGCUGCUUUUAUUAAAUAUUUUAAUAAGAAAGGAA